GGCGCACGUUAAUGAGAUUAGCAAUUAAAAAGCGAGUGAGCAGCCGCGGCUGAGGCGCGCGGGGCCACCCCCAGGCCGAGCGGGCGGGUCGUCCGGGCUGCGGCGCUCCGAAGCAGCCCCACGCGGCGCCCGAGGGGGAGCCGGCGCCCAGUUCGCGGCCAUGGAGAAGUCGCGUCCGCUGUGGGCCAACCCGCUGCAGUUCGUCUUCGCCUGCAUCUCGUACGCCGUGGGCCUGGGCAACGUGUGGCGCUUCCCCUACCUGUGCCAGAUGUACGGCGGAGGCAGCUUCCUGGUGCCCUACCUCGUCAUGCUCAUUGUGGAGGGCAUGCCUCUGCUGUACCUGGAACUGGCUGUGGGGCAGCGCAUGCGGCAGGGAAGCAUCGGCGCCUGGAAGACCAUCAGCCCCUACCUUGGUGGUGUCGGCCUGGCCAGCGUGGUGGUGUCCUUCUUCCUGUCCAUGUACUACAACAUCAUCAACGCCUGGGCCUUCUGGUACCUCUUCCACUCCUUCCAGGAUCCCCUGCCAUGGUCCGUGUGCCCGCUGAACGACAACCACACGGGCUACGACGAGGAGUGCGAGAAGGCGUCCUCCACGCAGUACUUCUGGUACAGGAAAACUCUCAACAUCUCCCCGUCCAUCCAGGACAGCGGGCGCGUGCAGUGGGAGCCGGCGCUCUGCCUCGUCCUGGCCUGGCUGGUGGUGUACCUGUGCGUCCUGAGGGGCACCCAGUCCACUGGCAAGGUGGUAUACUUCACCGCGUUGCUGCCUUACUGCGUGCUCAUCAUCUACCUGGUCCGGGGCCUCACGCUCCACGGAGCCACUAACGGCCUAGCCUACAUGUUCACGCCCAAGCUGGAGCAGCUGGCCAACCCCAAGGCCUGGAUCAACGCGGCCACCCAGAUCUUCUUCUCCCUGGGCCUGGGCUUCGGCAGCCUGAUCGCCUUCGCCAGCUACAACGAGCCGUCCAACAACUGCCAGAAGCACGCCAUCAUCGUGUCCCUCAUCAACAGCUCCACUUCCAUCUUUGCCAGCAUCGUGACCUUCUCCAUCUACGGCUUCAAGGCCACCUUCAACUACGAGAGCUGCUUGAACAAGGUGAUUCUGCUGCUGACCAAUUCCUUUGACCUGGAGGACGGCUUUCUGACCACCAGCAACCUGGAGCAGGUGAAGGGCUACCUGGCGUCCACCUUCCCCGGCAAAUACAGCGAGGUGCUCCCGCAGAUGAGAAACUGCAGUCUGCAGGCAGAGCUGGCCACGGCGGUCCAGGGCACCGGCUUGUCUUUCAUCGUCUACACCGAGGCCAUUAAGAACAUGGAGGUGUCCCAGCUGUGGUCAGUGCUCUAUUUCUUCAUGCUGCUGAUGCUGGGCAUUGGGAGCAUGCUGGGGAACACGGCGGCCAUCCUCACGCCUCUGACCGACAGCAAGGUUGUCUCUAGCCACCUGCCCAAGGAGGCUAUCUCCGGUCUGGUGUGCCUCGUCAACUGUGUCAUCGGCCUGGUGUUCACCAUGGAGUCUGGCAACUAUUGGUUCGACAUAUUCAAUGACUACGCGGCCACACUGUCCCUGCUGCUCAUCGUGCUGGUGGAGACCAUUGCUGUGUGUUACGUGUAUGGGCUAAGGAGAUUUGAAAGUGACCUUGAGGCCAUGACCGGUCGUGGCCUGAACUGGUACUGGAAGGCCAUGUGGGCCGGCGUGAGCCCCCUGCUCAUCAUCAGCCUCUUUGUCUUCUACCUGAGUGACUACAUCCUCACGGGGACCCUGCAGUACCAAGCGUGGGACGCCUUCCAGGGUCAGCUCGUGACCAAGGACUACCCCCCAUACGCCUUGGCCGUCAUCGGGCUGCUGGUGGCCUCCUCCAUCAUGUGCAUCCCCCUGGUGGCCCUGGGGACUUUCAUCACACGCUGUCUCAAGAGGGGAGACACGCCCCCCACGGCCUGAGGACUGGGCUUCCCAGAGACCAUGCUCAGCUGCUCCCUGUCCGGCAGCUACGACUUAUAGACGGUAUCUCCUUGGCUGCUUGGAACAAUAUUUGCUCCAGAAACACUCAGCCUGUUGUCUUCCUGAGUUCGUCAAGAAGGACCGUGGAGGAAGAAGGUUCCCUUGGGAGGACCCACACCCCACCAGCGGAGCAGCCCCUGCUCCUCUCUGCGCCCCUCCUUGUGACCAGAGAUGCAGGCUUUUCAAGGCCAGUCUGCAAGACAACUGCUUUCUUGACUCUAGGGAAGCCUAGAAUUAGGCCACCCUGUGAGCUGAAAUUUGACUAUAAUUUUCAUGGAAUAAAAUUUAAGCGACUUUUUA